UACUACCUAGAAAAUAAAGAAAAAAGAGAUUCUCGCACAGCCAAAUGGAAAUCAAACUACCUAGCUUUCAAUUUCAAUUGCGGAACCCUGCACGUUCAUCGAAUUCGUUUUGUCAAUUUGUUAUUUAAUCAGCAUUCGAAAGAUUUUUGUCAUGCAAAUUUUACAGAUAUGGAGAAACAUAUUGAUCCUCAGCAACACCUUUACUGAAUCGACGAGACUAGCAGCGGCAGCAACACAUUUGGCUUCAUUUCAUUCCACUGGUGUAACAAGACCAAUCAAAGGGAAGCAUCAGAGAGAAAACCCGUUUGAUGAUUGUGAUGACGACCCUGCAAAAGCAUUUUUUGCUGCUUUCGGAAGAGACGGUUCAAACUGGAACUUCAGACACCGGGAGCCGAGAUCCGAGUGGACGGAAUACUCCAACCAGAGUAACAGUAGAUUCAGUGAACAUGCAGCUAAAAGCGUGACAUACGCUGAUCGGAAAAUCCUUGGUUUGCCAGAAACUGGUCCUCUGAAAAUCGAAGAUGUCAAAACUGCAAGACGACUGCAUAGAGAAAGAUACGGAAACAUGGGUAGAGGGAAGUUCAAGGGCAAGCCGACUGGCCGCCGCCAGUUUUCCACCCCCGAAGAGAUGAUUGCUGGUAGCUCUGCUCGUCCUCGCACUUUCAGAAAGGAAGUAGCUGAUAUUGUGGAGGAUGAGACGUCUGAUGUAGAGUCGGAAGAGGAAUCUGAUGAUGAACCUGAAAAAGUGAAAGGUGCUGAGGGGGUCAUUCAGAUUGAGAAUCCCAACAUGGUGAAGCCAAAGAACAUGAAAGCACGCGAUGCUGAUUUGGAGAAAACAACAGAGCUCUCAAGGCGUGAAAGGGAGGAGAUUGAGAAACAGAAAGCUCAUGAAAGAUAUAUGAAGCUGCAAGAACAAGGGAAGACCGAUCAAGCUAAGAAGGAUUUGGAACGUUUGGCUCUUAUACGACAGCAAAGAGCAGAUGCUGCUAAGAAACGUGAAGAGGAGAAAGCUGCCAAAGAACAGAAGAAAGUUGAAGGACGCAAAUAAUUUUGCUGCUGCGUUAGUAAAUCGUAAAUGAUAUGAUUCAAGUACUAGUUUGGUAUAUGGAAACAGUUAUCAACUUUGAUUGAAGCAGUAUGUAUGUAUUCUGCUGUUUCCCUUUUCUUAAAUUCACUCACAUCAUCUGCAAAGUACACUAUAAAUCUUGGUGCUACACUUUAUUUAUAUUAUUCUCUAGUGACAACUUCAGUUCA